CUGGCUGCAGGCAUCAGAGGAAAAUAGAGUUUGAUGCCGCUUCGUUGUGUAUCGAUCUCGAGUUAACCUCAAUAAACAUAGUGUAUUAACAAAAACCAUACCUAUCGAAAAUAAUAGUAUCUCGUGCAAUAACAAAAAAAUUUUUCUAAAUAAUGACUCGUCCGCCAUCCUCGCUAACCGCUCGGUAUCGUUGAGUGUGUAUACUUACUUGUUUGUAAAAUAAAGUGUCCAUUCAGAAAAUAAUUGGAGCCGAGAGUCAGCCCAGCAAGUGUGUGCAUUUAUAAAUAAAAGAAGAAAAAAAAAUCGAAUCACUAUGCCGAAGAGGAUAUCUCUUAUGAACCACAGCGCAAUGUCGCGCAAGAUGAAUUUGGAAGGGGCCGACGAGGUAACCUCGAUAUUCGACCGGACCCAGGAGUUCAUCAAGGCGCUGGACUCGAGCAUGCCUUCGGUCACUAUAGCCCCGCACGAGCUCAGAAACAUAAUGGCCCGGUCGGAGGAGAGCGAGCUCACCCUCAGAGAAAUGAUGGAAGACAGCUCCACGACCGGGCUUGUCAUAAAGGCCAGGGAACCCUGGCGCGACACCUACUCCAAGCUCUACUACGACUUUCUGGACAGCGUGCAGGCUCACACCUCCGAAUUGCAGGUCUUUGAGACUGUUGCCGAUUUCAUACAAAACUGCCACGAUACUCUCGAAUUAAUGAGAGGAAUGAAAUCUAAGGUAGAGAGUCCAGAGUACACGCCAGAAGAGAUUGGGUUGGAGAACGAGAGAAACACUUGGAGGCUUAUAUACUGUCUGUACCAGAAUCGAAUAGAUUCCGAAAACAAUCGGACGCAGUACGAGCUGGAUACAAAAUCUUACAUCUCCGAGAAGGAUGUGAUAGAAGCUCUGUUUAAAAACAGCAAGCUUAUCAGAGAGUACCAGCUCAUCAUAGAUUGGCUGGAGAAAAAUGCCCUCGAUCAGGCGGACAGACUACCGACUAUCGAAAAUUUUACGGACAGAACUAUUCCUUGGGAAAAUACGCUUCACCAGUUGAAGAAUCAGAAAGCUGGGAUCCCUCUUGGUUCCAGCAGGCCAAUCGUUUCCUCAAUGGAUCCAGACGCCCCCAUUAGGGAGGGCAAGCCGUUGCACGAUCAGGAUAAAGAGGAUGACGCUAGGUUGGAAAAGAGAAUGUUCAUCGAGGUGCGCAGUGGUAGAUUGCAGAAGGCACAGUCACUGGCGAUACACUGUGGCCAGCAUUGGAGGGCGGCCUGUUUGCUUGGCUGGGUACCUUAUCACGAUCCAAAUUACCGAAGUCUUGUCUCUGACACGAAAUUGCCCGUUGAAGGAAACAAAAAUAGAAGCCUGUGGAAGUACUGUGCUUGGAAAAUGUCCAAUGAUGCCAAAGUUGGCCAAUACUAUCGAGCCAUUUACUCUAGCUUAUGUGGCAAUGUAAAACAGCUUCUUACUGUUGCGAAUUCGUGGCAAGAUGGUCUCUGGUCGUACAUGAAAACUCUUCUAGAUAUUAAAGUUGAAGCAGAAGUUAGAGGUUUUAUGGCAAAAACGUUUAAAGAAAUGCCAGAGGAAUACUGGAGAGGAGAAAAUACCCUGGAAGAUAUAUUUGAUGAACUGGAGGCCUCCACAAAUUCGAUAAUCAGCUCUCAAGCUCAUGAUCCGGCUCAUCGCAUCCAAAAGUACAUUAUUUUGGAUGAGAUAACGACGUUGAUGGAUGACGUGGAGAGCAUGAUUGAUCAAAAGACGUUUGACUCACAGUUUUUAAGAUUCCUUGCUCACCUGGUGAUAUUUUUAAGACAGAUAGGAAAAAAUUUGAACGAACAAGUUGCGGAUAAAGUUAUGUUGGAGUACGUACAGUUUCUGAUGGAAUUAGGAGAUCCAGUACUUGUUGCCUAUUACACAUCCACACUACCAAGAGAUUCACAGACUAUCAACUAUGCAAAAUUCCUAGAAACAGUUACAGAUUCCGAUGAGCGCAAAAAAUGCCUUAAAGCUGCUGAGGAUGCAAACUUGAAUGUAGAGGCUAUCGUGAAAUUGGUCGUUGAGAAUAUUAGAAAGAAAAAUGUCGAGCUCCAACCUAAUGAUUUAAAAGGAGAAUUAACAGAAGCUGAUUUUGAAAAAAUAAGCGCACUUGAUUGGCUUAUCUUUUAUCCAAGUCAAAGAGAAGAGAUACUGUGGCAGACAAAUGCUCUGAUAAGGUACUUUUUGAUAAGCAACAAGUUGGAUGCUGCCAGGAAAGCUUUGAAUAAGGUACCACAAAAUACCAUAGAAACAAUAAUUAGCGAAGUUCCAGCCUUACAAAAUACAAUGGAAAAUAUACUGACUGUAAAUAUUUUACCCGACAAAGCUUCCGUCUCGAUUCGCGAAUAUUUGUGCUACAAGUCAUAUUUGGAUGCGCAAGAAGGCUUUUCUGAGUGGUUUACUCAAUACCAUCAAGGAAAACCUCAUCCAGUGGAAGAAAUUUCAAAUUUUUCCACGUUUACCGAAAAAGUUGCGUAUGAGCAUAAAAAAACUCAGUAUGCUUCAGAACUAGAAAGGUGGAAGAUUACAAUGGAGCAUCAUACCAAGGCUGUUAAACAACUCCUCUUUAAUGUCCUUCUUUUUCCUGAUGGUGGAUGGUUAGUUGAUUCGGCCAACGAAUCUAGUAAAAAACUUACAUCCGACGAUAAAUUAAGAAAGCAUCAAUUGGAAAACUUGCGCAAGCUAUGCAUCCCGAAAAUCGUAUUUUUAUUAUACACUGUCAUGAGUGAAAUGAAUGAACACGCCGAGUGCAUUCAACUGGCUGACAUUAUUGCUUCUGAGCAACAUCAAUUGUACAAAGUUUUUCCUAAAGAAGAAUUGCGUGAAAUUUUUAAGAAAUUCUGCGAAUCGUCGCUCGUACUAAUGGACCAAAAAAAGGAUCCAUGGGGCUACUCAAAGUGAACAGACAAUAAAUAUGAUCUCUGUGGUCACGGUGUAUAUUAUUAUUUUUUUUUUUUUAAUUUAAAAGUUUCCGACUUACAAUGUACAUAUCAUACAACAACAUAAACAGGCGCCAUAGGCGUGAGAAUAUUAAAAGUAUGGUCACACGAGAAUCGAAGAUUACAAUAUACUCGCAUAUACUGUACGGUUUCUUAAUUGCCUUAUUUAAAACAAAAAAAAAAAAAAA